AUGCAAUAGAAAACAAAUACAAUUUGUUAAUUACCCUUAAGGCCGUAAAGAAGAGCAAAUCUAGACAAAGAUUUUAGGAUUAAGACUGUUGAGUCUAAUCAUUUUGAACUUUAAUUUUUAAAGGACGUGAUACUUCAUAUUUACAGUUUUGCAAUCUAACCUGAACCUCCUUUGGAUUCAGAAAAGGAAAUUAGAAAAUAAUUUAAUGAAUUUAAAGAUGAAAUUCAAAAGGAAGGAAUUAAAAGGUAUUGUAUCACAGGAAUGAAUCUUUGGAGCUAUGAAUUGAGAAAGAAUGCCAUUCAUUUAGAAAAAGUUAUGAAUAAAGAAAAGAAGAUGAUACUCGACAUCAAAUAUGUUAAAACAAUUAAUUUAAAAGAGAUGGCCUAGUUUGAUGAUUAAUCAUCAAUAAAUGUAACCAAAUAAGCUAUCAAUGCUAUACUUAAGUAGCUUUAUGAAUCUAGAAACAUGAAAGAGUUGUUUGGAAAAGGUAAAUUUUAUGAAUCCAAAAUGAAUGAAGAAAAAAACCUCUAAAAAAAUUACAAUAUUGGCUACAUGAAAGGUUUCAGGAGUGCAUUUUGCAGCGGACAAUCAUCUCCUCUACUUUAAAUAGAUUAUAGCGUAAAGUUAAUCAAUACAUAUCCCAUAUCUAGAAUAAUUUCAGAUAUGGAAUGGAACUAUGAUAAACAUGAAUUAUAACUACAAAUAAGAAAAAAAUUAAUUGGAUAAUCUGGGCUUGCUAAAUAUUCGAAUCGAUUCUAUAGAAUUGAUGAUAUAGAUUUUUCUAGAAAUCCAUAAUCCAUGAUGGAAGAUGGAAAAACUACAUACCGUUUAUAUUAUUAAUAAAGAUACAAUAUUACUAUAAAUGAUAUAUCCUAACCUUUAUUGGUCCAUCAGACUAAAAAGGGAUAAAAAAUAAGAUUGAUUCCUGAAUUAAUGAUGUUAACUGGAUUAUCAUAAGCACAAAAAACUAAUACUAACAUCAAAAAAUUCCUUAGGCCUAUAUUAAUUGUGAAUUAAAACGAAAGAUAAUAAAGGAUUAUGGAUGAGAGAGGUGAAUUAGAGUAUUUGAUGAAGUAAUAAAAUAUAGUUCUCAAAUCUAAUUCUAAAACAUAAGCCUAUGAAAUAAGGAAGCCAGAAAUAUAUGCUGAAGGAAUAAUAAAUAGUUUUCCUGGUGGAUGCUUUGAGAUAAAAAAUAAAUUUUAUUAAUAAAGUAAAUUAGAAAAUUGGGUUUUAAUAUAUAAUGAUUAAGAAGAACAGUUGGCAAAUUAUUUUUUAAGAUAACUAAUAUCAAGUGGAAAUCGUUAUGGAUUAAUCUUAUCACAACCUCUUCGUUAAAAGGUUAAAAGUGAUCAAAGCUAAGAUUGGAUAUCAUGCCUUGAAUAAAAUUUUUCAGAGAAAGGAAGGCCAAAAUUGGUAGUUUCAUUAAUAGAUCAAGAAAAAGAUAAAUAGAUUUAUCAACAAUUAAAAUAGUAUUUAAUUGCUGAGGAAGGCGUAUCUCAUCAAAAUGUCACUCUAUAAUUGAUUGAAAAUUAAAAAUUUGGUGCAAUAGUUCCUAAAAUAAUCCAAUAAAUACAUAGCAAAUUAGGAAAUUAAACGUGGAAUAUAUAAAAGAUAUAAGAGAUCUCAGAUAAUAUUAUGAUUGUUGGAAUUGAUGUUUAUCAUAAAACAGUUUUAGGAUUGGAUUCUUGCGUUGGAUUCAAUGCUUAAUUUGGAUAGUAAGGUUAUGCUAAUUUCACUAAAACUAUAAUUGUAAGAAAAGGAAAAGAAAUCAAUAAAGAUGUAGCUAUGUUACUAGAACAAAGUUUAGAAGAAUAUUAGAAUUAUAAUAAAAAAUUACCUGAUACAAUUAUAAUUUUUAGAGAUGGAGUAGGGACUUCAUAGAUAAAUAGAUUAUAUUAAGAGGAGGUAGAAACUAUGAAAGAGAUUAUUAAUAAUAAAUAUAAUUUAAAAUUACCAGAAUUUGCAUUUAUAAUGGUGAAUAAGAGAAUAAAUGAUAGGUUCUUUUCAUAAUCAAAAGAGAAUUUUGGAAUGAUUGUUGCAGAUAGAGUUGUCUCUUCUCAUUUUGAUUAUUUCUUGAUUGCAUAAUAAGUUAAUUAAGGAACAGCAACUCCUACACAUUAUACAGUUUUGGAAAAUUCAACUAAAUGGAAUGAAGAUUUAUUUUGGAAAUUCACAUUUUAUCAAUGUUUCAAUUACAGAAACUGGUGUGGACCAGUUAAAAUACCAGCUUGUGUUCAGAACGCCCAUACUGCUGCGUAUAGAGUUGGCGAGGUUAUCAAAACCAACGCAAGUUAUUAUUUGGAAACGAAAUUAUUUUUCUUAUGA